AUUGAAUCUCAAGUCAACUGUAGGUAUCCACAAAAACUUCCAUUCAACAUAUCACGUCAUCAAUUUGAAUUAUUCAUCAAUAUCCUAAGAAAAUGUUACACACUUAGACCGUAGUCUUCACACUCUCAAGACCCGGACCACUUGACCAUGCAUGGAAUUGAUUAGUCAUCAAUUUGAAUUAUUCAUCAAAAUCCUUACUAUUUUACUAAUACAGAUGCCCAACAUUAUCAUCUUCAAGUCCUUGAUCUUUCUUCACAACAAUUCACUUAAAUCACCAAAAAAAUCUGAUUUCUAGACCGAGAGAGAGAGAGAAGCAAAUGGCUGAAGCAGUACUGUUUGGCAUUGCAGAGGAAGUCCUAAAGAAUCUGGGAUCAACUGCUGUUAAUGAGAUUGCCUCGGCAUGGGGCUUCAAGGCUCGGCUCGAGAAGCUCAAGGACACCAUCAACACUAUCAAAGGGAAGCUGUUGGAUGCUGAAGAGAGGCACGCUGAUAAUCACCCUGAAAGCCAUGCUGUUCGUGGUUGGCUACAGAGGCUUACCACUGUUGUCUACGAUGCCGAUGACUUGUUUGAUGAGUUCGUUACCAUUGCCUCACGACAACGGCUCAUUGACGGAAACAAAAUGUGUAAGAAGGUACAAACAUUCUUCUCCCGCAACAAUCAGAUAGCCUUUGCCUUCCGUGUUUCCCGAAGGAUUAAAAAAAUUCGGAAAAAGGUUGCUGACAUUGUCAGUGAUGGUACACAAUUUAACUUUGUACCCUGCUCUAACAAGGUAAUGGGUAGGCCGAUGAGAGAUCAGACUGAUUCUUUUGUUCAUGUUGAGGAAGUUAUUGGUAGAGAAGAUGAUAAGAAAGUCAUCAUAGGCAUGCUGCUUGCUUCUUCUUCAACUGACGACGAGCACGAGCAGAGAGACAAGAUGCCCUCUGUCAUCACAAUUGUGGGAAUGGGUGGUAUGGGGAAGACCACUUUAGCUCAACUCAUAUAUAACGAUCAUCAAGUUAAGGAGUGCUUUGAGAUGAGAUUAUGGGUCUGUGUUUCAGAGAACUUUGAUAUUGAGGACAUCACUAAAAAGAUCCUCAGAUCUGCAACCAACACAGAGAUUCCAGAGUUUGAUAUGGAACAGCUACAAGGUCGAUUGCGGGAAGAGUUGGGUGAUAAAAAAUACCUUCUUAUCCUAGAUGAUGUUUGGAAUAAUAAUCGUCAGAAAUGGUUCAAGUUAAGAGCUUAUUUAAAGGUUGGUAGAAAAGGAAGUAAAAUCGUGGUAACUACUCGAUCAAGAGAGGUGGCCGAAAUAAUGGGAACUUUUCCUCCUCAUGAGUUACUCGGUCUAUCAGAGGAGAAGUCCUGGGAAUUAUUUAAAAAGAUGGCAUUCAAUGAAGAAGCUCAACAAAAUCCAUGCUUAGUGGAGGUAGGCAAGGAGAUUGUUAAGAAGUGUGGGAAACUUCCUUUGGCCAUAAGACACGUAGGCAGUCUGCUUUAUGGUAAGGAGGAGAGAAAGUGGUCGUCAAUCAAGGAAACAAGUCUAGCAAAAAUACCUGAGAGCCAAAGUGAUAUUAUGAGCAUUCUUAGGCUCAGCUAUCAUCACCUGUGGUCGCCAUUGAAAAAUUGUUUUGCAUAUUGCUCUUUGUUUCCGAAAGACACUGAAUUAGACAAAGAAUUGUUGAAAGAGCUUUGGAUGGCAGAGGGUUUCAUUAUUCCAGAAAUCAAUGAAAACUAAAGCCUAGAUGAGGCUGCGGAGGACUAUUUUCAAACUUUGUUGCAAAGGGGCUUUUUCCAGGAUAUAAUAAAAAACGAAUGGGGUGCUAUUACAGGUUGCAA